AUGUUGCAAGCUCGACAAUUAUCACAAUUAUUAUCACAAAGUUUACAACCGAUAACCGUCCCAUCAACCAUCAACGGGGGUGGACAUCUCCAUACGGGGCCUGAGGGGAUCUCACCAUUUGCCAUUUCAUUAUUGAGUAAUGAAGGUAUACCCUUGACUACAGUCAUCAAUCAUAAACAUCAUUAUCAAACUCGACAAACAUCUACAUCAAAUGAAGACGAUAUUGAAAGUGGGAAGGGAAGUCAAAGUGGGAAUGUAGAUGGUGAUGAGGGGUAUAAUAGUGAUAAUUUAAAGAUAUAUGCUUUGAUUGGGUAUAAACAAUUGGAAGCCAAUCUUCGUAAUGAAGAUGAUGCAAGAUUGAAUGAUUGGGAAAUACUUCAGAUUGAAGAUGGAUUGAAAUUAAUCAUACAGAGAGUGAAAUAUGGAAUUCAAAGUGUAGUUGGAGAUGAUGUUAAUGGUGGAGUGGGCCUGACUACCAAUGGAGAGAAUGGAAUCGAACAUAUUAAUGAUAUAGAUGAUGAUAAUGGCGUCAAUGUAAAUCAUAUUGAUUUUGCUCAGGGUGAAGGUGAAGGUGCCAAUCCUUCAUUCCAUCAAUUGUUCGUCGUGUUAUAUUAUUCAACGGAAUUGCCUGAUUCAAUUGCAAAGUUAAAAAUAGAUAAUGUUUCAAAAGCACUAUCUGAAGGAUUAGAAGGUUGUAAUGGUAUAUAA